AUGUUUACAAAAAGAAAAAAAAAACUGUUAGCGGACAUUACUUACUCUGGAGCAAGAUAUCCAUAUGUACCAACAACUUUGGUUGUUGAAAUUUCUCCCUCAUUUGCUUUCCCAACAAGUUUUGCUAAUCCAAAAUCUGAAAUCUUUGCUCUAAAGGAAGCAUCAAGUAAAAUGUUACUUGUCUUGAUAUCUCGGUGGACAUAA